AUGUCUGGCCCAUAUACAAGAUUACAAGCCAGAAUAAAAGAAUUAAAUCCCAAUGCUGAAUAUAUUCCUUGUUCAGGGCAUUCGCUAAAUUUAGUUGGCACUAAUGCUGUAGAAAAUUGCUUAACUUUAUAUGAUUCAUAUGAAAAUAUUAAAAAUGCUCUUAUGUAUAUAGUUAAAAAUAAAAAUGAAAAACAAGCUUGUAUUGGUGAAGCUAAAUCUAUUCUUGCUUUAUUGAGCUCACCCGACACAUGUAUAAUGAUUUGUACAUGGAAUUCAAUAUUAACCAGAUUUAAUGAAAUUAAUAAAAAAGUACAGUCUGUCAAUAUUGAUCUAGCUAUGGUUGGAAAAAAAAGAAUAAAAAAGAGAAAGAAAAUGUUUGAUGAAAGCAAUACAGAAACAGAUGAAGAUGCAGAUUGGAAUUAUAAAACUAAAAUUUAUUUAGUUAUAAUUGAUUUAUUAAAGACACAAUUAAAUGUAAGAUGUGAAGCAUAUUCAUCAAUUCUUGAAGUAUAUGGUUGCAUUCCAACACUAUAUAAGGACCAUAGUAAACAUGAUAUAAAACAAACAUGUUACAAUUUAGCUCAUAAAUUUCCAAGACAUAUUCAAUCUUCUAAAUUACUUGAAUAUGAAUGCUUCCAAUUUAGAAAACUUAUUUUAACAGAAAAAGAGCUAUUAGAGAUUUCUACUGUAUCACCAGCAUGUAUUAUGUUAAAAUAUAUCAAAGGUGAGGCAUUAUAUUAUGGAAUCUUUCCAAAUGUGGAAAUAAUUUUAAGAAUGUACUUAAGUACUGCUGUUUCUAAUUGUACGGGAGAGAGAUCCUUUUCGGUGUUAAAAAGAGUGAAAAAUUAUAUGAGAUCUUCAAUGAAAGAUGAUCGUUUAAAUGCACUUUAUCAAUUAAGUAUUGAGUCAGAUUUAUUAAAAAUACUAAGUUUAGAUGAAAUUAUAAAUGAUUUUGCCACCUCAAAAUCAAGAAAAAAAAUGUUUCUCUAA